UCCAUUUCCUCUCAGAGGAGCUGCCAGGCCAGGAUGCAGGUGACCUCUCCCCACUGCGGCAGGCUGGGCCUGGCUCUCGUCGUCCUCCUGGUUUGGGGGGCUUCUGUUCAAGGUUAUCCCAUGCGGAAAGCCAGCUUUCAAUGGAUCCGCUGCCAUCCCAACAGUAACUCUGCCAACUGCAUCAAGGAAAAGAGACCCUCGGUUGUGCUGUCGCCAGGUGAAGUCAACAGGAUCCUCCCUGUGAGGGCCGACCUGACUUCAAGGAUGAGACUCCAGAAUGUGAAUGACAUCUUCCCUAUCUCCGAGGACUUUUCUGGUUCCGGUUCUGGCUCUGGCUCUGGCUCCGGUUCCGGCGACAACUCUGACAGGGCCUUCCUGUUUGAUGUUGAAGACGAAUUCCACCUGGUAAAGGAAAAUGGGGCUUCCGAUUACAACUUCCGGUUGAAGAGGAAUCUACUUUAUGGGGAAGGUGAUUUGGAUCAAAAUGCACCAGAAGAGAAUUUUAUUAUCUAAAAAAGAGAAAACUUUCCUCACUUUGGCACCAGACAAUUCAUUGAGUCUAUUUUGUGUACCAUGGUUAAAUGAUCAAUUCUGGGCCAAAAAAUUUUACAGAGUUAAAAUACAUCUGAAAGAGAAGCUUAAGUUAUAGCACCUUCUUUCUCCUGUUCCCUUCAUGAAUUCUUAAAAGUUUUCUUUUCCCAGCCUAGUGUUCCAACACAAACCUGCAUUUUCUUUGUAUCAAUUUUAAUAAAAAAUAAUAUAAAUUAACAA